CGUUGAUUCUCAUCAAGGUUCUGGUCAAUACUACGUCGUUCUCGUUUGCGCAAUCACUGUAGAACCUGAAAAAUACAUCCUCGUGUGAAAAUUGAUCAAGCUGGUGUAUUGAUUUCAGUGUUGUGAUACAAAACUCUAACACUGAAUUUGAAUUAACAACAAGAUGCAGCAGGGAGGAGGAUCCGAGACCGAAGUUACAUGGGAGGAUCAGCAGAAUAUCAACAAAUUUGGAAGGUUGAAUAAUCGCUUACACGAGCUACAUGAUGAGAUCAAAAUCGCUAAGGAAGCUAAUGAUAAUUUGGAGGAUGCGAGCAAUGAGUUGAUUCUCACAGAUGAAGAAGUUGUUCGGUUUCAAAUAGGGGAGGUUUUUGCUCAUGUGCCUAAGGAUGAAGUUGAGAGCAGGAUAGAACAGUUGCAAGAAGCGACAAGCCAGAAAUUGGAAAAGCUUGAGGAGGAGAAACAAUCUGUGGUUGCUCAGAUGUCUGAACUGAAGAAAAUUUUGUAUGGGAAGUUCGGAGAAUCGAUUAAUCUUGAGGAGGAUUAGUAACUUUGUUUAUAGAUUUCUAGGGUUUUUGUGUUGUUAAUGACCUCAUAGACCUUUGGCUUUUUUGAGUCACACUGUCUCUUUAAAUUGUAGACUGUGUCUUGCUUAAACCUCUUUCAACUGUUUGCCAAUGUUUAUGCCUUUUUGGUUCAUUCUAUGUGAGAUUUUUACUGUUUUAUUAUA